AAGCCCGUAGAUAUAUCAAAUUUCAGCCUUAAUUAUCUGCCUAAGCGUGUGUGAGUGCCUGUGGGUGUAGCACCUGUGCGUCAGUGUGUGUGCGUUGUUUUCUCACACAAUUUCGCUGCAAUUUAAAAAAAAUCAACAAAAGCGCAGCAACAACACCAACAACAAUUAGGAAACGCAUUAAUUUUCGAGGCUGUUUGGCUAUACUAGAAAAAUAAACAAUAAACAAUCAAGGUGGAGAACUGGAAAUCGCAUGCCCAGCGAAGUGAUAAACAAACUAAAAACCCCACGGCAGCUCCAAAAUUCUGGAGAAGGACGGGCCACGUCGCUAUCGCUUAUCAACUGCACUGAGAGAAAAACCUCAGUGUGCCAAUCGUUUUUCAUCGUUUUCUCCAAAUUUCCCGCCCAGUCUCCGAUCGGGUGGUACUAAUUAGUUUCCGAAAAUUAACCCUAAAACCAUAAGAACAUGUCCUCGUCGUCGGCGUCCGGCGGUCGGAAGCAGCCAACUGCCGUGUCGCGUAUGAAGCAGGACUAUAUGCGUCUCAAGCGAGAUCCCUUGCCGUACAUCACCGCCGAACCGCUGCCCAACAACAUCCUCGAGUGGCAUUACUGCGUCAAGGGACCGGAGGAUUCGCCCUACUACGGCGGCUACUACCAUGGCACACUGCUCUUCCCGCGCGAGUUCCCCUUCAAGCCGCCUUCCAUCUACAUGCUGACGCCGAACGGACGCUUUAAGACCAACACGAGGCUGUGCUUGAGCAUAUCAGACUUUCAUCCGGACACGUGGAAUCCCACUUGGUGUGUUGGCACCAUUCUCACUGGACUGCUGAGUUUUAUGCUGGAAAGCACUCCUACGCUGGGGUCUAUCGAGUCGUCGAACUAUGACAAGCAAAUGUAUGCCCAAAAAUCGCUAGCAUUUAACCUGCGCAACACUAACUUCUGUGAGCUGUUUCCCGAGAUGGUCGAGGAAAUCAAGCAGCGUCUGCAGGGAACACAGGCUGCGGCUGCGGCGGGCGGUAUUGCGUCCACCUCCGGCGGAGCGAAGCGGUCCAACGGUGUAGCAAAUGGCGCGGCAUCGGCAUUGGCGGAUGGCAAUCUAGCAGCCGGUGGCUUGUCGAAUCCACAAAACGCAGCGGACGCCAUUGAUGGCGGAGCGGCGGGACAAGCGGACUUGGCCAGUGGCGGCGGAGCGUCGGCACUGCAGAAUAGUGCACGGAACUCCUAUCUAAACUGGCAGUCCGUCUAUUCGAACCUGGUGAUCAUUAUCUGCUUUGCGAUAUUUGCCCUCAUUGUUAAUUACGUGAUCAAGAACCUGAAUCAGGAAUAGAAUUAACGACACAGCCUCUAUAUUUAUAUACAAAUAUAGUUACACAUCCGUAUGCGUGUGCAUAUUUAAUCUAGUUUACUCUAAAGUAGUCUUCGUGGAUUCAGUACCGCUUGAGAAGUAUUUACAGUUCCCGCUUGACCCAAAAAUUAUCGCCUCAGGCCCCCGCCAUCCAUUCCCCCUUUUCCCACGAUCGCUGUUUAGUCUGAAAUUAUUGGCAAUAACAACUAGAAACACAGAAUCACACAUUUCUAAACUCAAUUUGUGAAAUCUAUAAACUGUUUUGUUAUGUAUUCAUUACUAUUAAAGCCUAGUUUAAUGCAACGUGAAUGAAGCCAGAAAUAUGUUUGUAAAUGAAUAAAAAAGAACGGCAACAUAUGAGCUCGUGUACAAAUUAGCCAA